AGUUGGAGGCUGCAAAUGCCGCAGAAUUUUGUGGAACGGGUCGAGCGGCUAGCUAAUGGCCGCCUACAUGGGAGAUCAUUACUGAUGGAUCUUGAGCAAGCUCAGCGUAUGCUCGAUCUCGAGGAACCGCUCGUCAAAUCGAAGAAGUAUCCGUUUUUUAAGACACCUAGGAUCGGUUCACGACGGAUUCGUAAUCGUCUCGUGCAAAAACAGGGUAUAUGUAAUAUAAGUCUCAAGAAUGUACCAAAACAACGGCGAAAAUACUUCAGCGAUAUCUUCACUACGGUUAUCGAGAUGAAAUGGCGAUGGUGCUUGCUUUAUUUUUCGUUAUCGUUCCUUAUCUCAUGGACAUUCUUUGCCUCCCUUUACUACUCUAUUGGAAAACAUCACGGUGAUGUGGAUAACCGAUUCAAUGUCAGCUGGACACCUUGUAUUGUCAAUGUACACUCGGAAAUUAAUGCCUUCCUCUUCUCUUUCACUACACAGACUACAAUAGGAUACGGCUUUCGGUAUCCAACUGAUCAAUGUCCUCUUACCAUAAUCACUAUGUGUGUGCAGUUCAUGUGGGGAGUCAUGACCCAGACUUUAAUGGCUGGUAUUAUUUUUUCAAAAUUAGCUCGACCGAUCAAGCGGGCAGCCACCCUCAUCUUUUCCAAAAAUGCGGUGAUCUGCAUGCGAGAUGGCAAGCUGUGUCUAUUAUUUCGAGUAGGAGAUAUGCGAAAAAGUAGUCUUGCUGAAGCUCACGUUAGGUUACAGAUGAUCAAGCGAUGUGUUACGUACGAAGGGGAGCUGUUGCCAUUUCACCAGUUUGAUAUGAACGUAGGAUAUGACGAAGGAUUGGAUCGAGUUUUUGUGAUAUGGCCAAUAACAAUAUGUCACGAGAUAGAUGAGAUGAGCCCGCUCUACGACGUCGGAGAAGCAGAUCUCAAAAAUGCCAAAUUUGAGAUUAUAGCCAUCCUUGAAGGAGUCGUGGAAAGCGUUGGCUCAACAACCCAAGCGAGGACAAGCUAUCUGCCCAGCGAAAUUCUUUGGGGAAAGCGGUUCGAGAAAUUGGUGCACUACAAGAAGGAGAACGGUCAGUACAACAUCGACUUCUGCAAGUUUCACAAUGUUUACUCUGUGAAAACACCAAGUUGCAGCGCUAAAGAACUGGACGAGCUAAGGUUACGCGGGCAAUUUGAUGAAUCCGAAUAUCAAAUGUAUCCCCCGUCAGAUAGUCGAAACCUUGCCAUCAUCUCUGACGACUCGUUAUCCCCAUGUCAAGAUGCAAUCGAGUCGAAUCAGGUACCACAGAUUCAAAUUUUGCGAAGGGAUUCGGACGAGGAUCCUGAUGCUGGCGAGGAUAGUAUGGAACUGGUGGAUCUUGGCAUCCAUCACAAGUGCUCCCUACGCUCUCAGUCGCCCGUUAUGAUGAACGCCCUUGCACCCCCGAUUCACAAAGUGUCCUGUGUUCGCCGAGGCUCGUCAAGUGUGAGCGUCUCACUUCACGGAUGACCUCAGCCUUUAGAGGUGUAUCAGUCACAUUCUACGGCUCUACAUUGUCAAAAUGCCUUCAACUUCUUUCAUGUCAUACGUAAAACGCUCUGAAGCUGAUGUAGAUCCACGUUAAACAAAGAUCGAAUUUGUCCUAUUGACAAAUCACUCAACGAAGUACCUCAAGCCUUACUGUGCACUUACCAGAUUUGCUCAUUUCAAUUCGGUCAUUUCGGUGCGUUUGGACC